UAAUUAUUUAAGCAUCUCUAAUUUAGUCAUUCUUAUCUAUUUCUGUUGACCAGCCGGCUAAACCAUAUCAUAGGAAAUUGCCUCAUUAACAGGAUAGUGAUAGUGAUCAAGUUUAGAAUAAAACUGUUUCAAAAUGGUGAAUGUUCGGACUUUAGUAUUUUUAGUGUAUAGUUUUCAAUUUGUAAAUGGAGAGGCAGUGGAAUCCAGCACUGUAUCCACUUCAAGUCAAGAGGCUGCAAUACCAGAUGAAUCUCAAGCCCGUACAAUAUCAGCUGAACUGAGAGAAUGCGGUAUACGAAUAACAGGACCAGGUUUGAAAUGGGAGAAAGAGAAAGUUGAUGAUUGCUCCACAGCGUACGCCGAUCCACCAGAGAUACCAAAAAUAUAUGGACAAGCAGGUGCUCUAGGAAAGCAAGGGUUGAUGGGAGAAAAAGGCAAACGUGGGUUAGAGGGGGAGAAAGGUGACAAAGGACCGAUAGGUGAAGGUGGUAGUGGGGGAGAAAAGGGGGAUCGAGGUUCUACAGGACUCAAAGGAGCGAAGGGUGAUCAGGGUGCGUCAAUUCCUGGCCUUCCGGGGCCUCCCGGUCCACCAGGCCCUGAUGAUGUAUACAGCCAUCUUUUGCAUGUCGAAUUACCGAAGAACGACGUCAUAAUUGAUGUAUCAAUGCCUGAACCGAGCAAGACGAAUCCCGGUACCCUGGUGAAUCCAGCGAAAUCGUGCGCAAACAUUGAAUCUGAGGGCGAUCCUUAUGGAUAUUACUAUCUAAACCCCGAAAGCGAGUUUAUGGUGAAGUGUGAUUUUGAGGAACAAAGCGCCUGUCUACUUCUAACGUAUAAAGAGAAACCUACACUAUGCGACAGGAAGCCAUGUUGGCUGUUCAAGUCUGGGUUCAAUAUUAGGAAAUUUUAUGGUGAUCAAUUACACAAUAUAAAAUAUCUAAGCACCUUAAACGGAACGACACAUUCCACUCACACGUUUUCCAUUUCUUGCAAAUACCUGACAUUGAGUGAAUAUUCCAAUUUGCAAAUACAAUUAAAUCACAUGCUGUUAAUUGGAAUUGAAGCGUCGGACGAGACGCCAUUGUAUUAUGAAGUCCAAUAUGACGCUUGUACCGUUUAUUACAGGAGUACAGAUUAUGAGAGAUUUGCUAAAAUAGUAUUGACAAUAAACGGUCCGUUCUUACCAAUCACGGACUUUUAUAUAAGGGAUUUUAAUGAAGAAUCUGAACUUAUAUUUGAAAACACUGAAGUCUGUUUUUAUUAUAAAUAAACGUACAAUUAAUUUGUUAUUUGUGUGAAGAAAAUAAAUUUAUUAAUGUGUCCAAAUUUAUUUCUGUAAUUUUAAUUACAUUUUUUAAGCAAUUUUCUAUACAGACCUAUAGGUACUUUAUAUUAUAUGCACAUAUUUUUAAAUCCAUUUUCGAUACUACAAGGGUAGCCUCGACUGAUGAGCUGAUAGCAGCGAGGCAGAAAAAUGAUCAAUGCACCUGACGGUAUUGUGGGUUGUCCCCACGGGAGUCAGUCCGAAGGAAGUUUAAGGAAUUACAUAUUACAUAUUUUGAUUUUGGCAAGUCAAUACAUAUAUGAGAAUAUUUUGUAUGUGCGGAAAAAUAUAGAUAUCUUCAAAAAUAAUAGUAACUUCCAUAAUUAUAGUACUCGUAAUAAAGACAAAAUUAGCGCACC